GGUGGGUCUGGUGGGGUCUGGUAGGGUCCAGAACCCGGGAGCAGAGCUGGGCGGGCGGGGCGAGGUGGGGCAGGGGCGAGGGGUGCCCAGCGGUUUCCGCCCGGCCCCGCCCUGUUUGGCCCUGCCCAGGAUCUGCGGCUGCCAGCUCCAGAGAGCAGCUUCCCUGGCCGGAGGCGCGAUGGGCUGCGGGAACUCCACUGCCACCAGCGCGGGCGCGAGCCAAGGCCCUGCAGGAGCAGCUAAAGAUGUAACAGAAGACUCGAUAGCAGAAGAUGACAAGAGGAGAAACUACGGAGGGGUGUAUGUUGGUCUACCAUCUGAAGCCGUCAAUAUGGUAUCCAGCCAAACAAAGACGGUACGAAAAAAUUAGAAGAAAAUAUCAUGACUCAAUCAGCAAGAGCUUGCUCAUCAAGAUCUGGAUGGGAUUUCGGCGUCGUGGGACAUUGUGACGUGCACAGACAUUUCCAAGGAAAUUCCCAGUUUAUAGUUAAUGCCAUGGGUACACAUUGAAUGUUACAGGACUAGAAAGGAAUGGGUUGAACAGUACACUCAUACCUGGCACUUGCCAUGGUUCACCUGUGCAAGACGAGCUCACAAGCGGUUCUUGACCAGCUGGCCGCUGGCUCCUAGCGGUCAUCACAGCUCGUGAAGAUCAUGUCUUUUUCAUUGAUACUUUUUGGAUCGUUUUUAUAUAACAAAAUCCUUCAUCUAUUUAUAACUUAAAAUAAGGCACGGUAAAUGAAUUACCCAAAGUAAUAUAUUUGUUCUCUUUCACUAUUUCUAUUUCAUGUUAAUUGUCAGCUGUCAAAGUGAUUCUAAUGGUUCGCUCUUUUUUUACUAUUUGUUUUUCAGCUUUAUUUAAAUGUCAGACGAUUUUCUUUAUUAAGGAUGGUGUUAUUACAUUGUAACACUUAAACUGCUGAGAUUUGCAUGCUAUACCUACCAUUUGAUUUACUUCCUAUUUUCUUUAGUCAAAGGCUUAUUAUGUAACUGCGAAUACUUCAUAGCCACGAGGCUCCCAUUUCUACUUGUGUGUGAUCAGAGCAUUUCAUCAUGUUAAUUCUAUACUGUUUUCAAGAACUUGUCACUGAUGGUUAGUGGGAUAUUUGGGAAUUUCUUACUUUGAUAGUGAACAUGCAUCCACUUCGUACUGCACUGUAAAUCACUUAAUGUGCCAAUGUAUUUCAAUAAUUAAAAGUUUUUACCCCCUUUA